GUAUGGAGGUAGCGAAAAAGCUCAAAUUAUAAUCACAAAGGUUUCAUGAGAAGGAAAUGAGUUGGAAAGUGUAAGAGUAGGUUGAGGAGAUUAAGCUGAAGGAUCGUGGUCAUCUGAGGUUAAAAGAGUGGAUCAAAAGAAAUCAUUAUGAAAAAAACAUGAAAGAUUUGAGAAAAUAAUAUGAAAAGUAUAUAGUUAAGUGAUUGUAGGUAUUUUACAAUCACUAGGGUAGAUGGAAGAACACUCACAUCUGAGUAAUUUGUGAAUUAAUUUGAGAUUCCUGAUAUUCCGUGUAUAAUUGCAAAUACAGUUGAUGAUUGGAAUAUUGAGAAAUAUUGGACUUUCGAGAAGUUAUAUCAAUUAUAUAAGGAAACUUCGUUUAAGGUUGGUGAAGAUGAUAAAGGGAAGAAGUUGAGAAUGCCUUUCAAAAAUUUCCUUGAGUACCUUGUAUAUAAUAAAGAUGAUUCUCCACUUUAUUUAUUUGAAAGGUAUUUCUUUUGUAAGUAACAUAUAGUUCAUUAGAAGACAUGAAAGAUGGUGGGGCUGAUAUAAUAAAUAGAUUUAAGUUACAUAAAUAUUUUUCAGAAGACCUUUUAGCUAUGGUAGGAGAAAAGCAUCGUCCUCCUUAUCGAUGGUUCUUAGUAGGGUAAUUUAAGUUAAUGUUAAUAGCAUAUAGUCCAUAGCGAUCAGGUACAACAGUACAUAUAGAUCCUUUGAUGACAAGUGCAUGGAAUACAUCAUUGUAAGGUCAUAAACUUUGGGUUCUUUUUCCACCUGAUAUUCCAAAAUGUGUAGUAAAAGCUAAAGGAUUAGCAGCUAAAAGAAUAAUAGAUCCUGUAGAUUUGGAUGAAUCAAUUGAUUAUUUUAUGCAUGCAUUACCUAAAUUGAUUGAGUAAGAAGGAGCAGAUAAUUUAAAAAUUAUUAUGGGUAUAUAAGGUCCUGGAGAUACUAUAUUUGUACCUGGUGGAUGGUGGCAUGCUGUUUUGAAUUUAGAUAAUACAAUUGCAAUAACUUAAAAUUUUAUGUCAAUUAAUAAUUUUGAUAAAAGCUGGAGGUAAUUAUAAUAAUAGAUAUAUAAUUAGAUCGGUGAGAGAUGAGAGACCCAAGUUUAGUAAGCGUUUAUUGCAGGUUUUCUAGGAUUAGAGGUCUGAUUUGUAUGAAAGAGCACUUAAAUUAGAUGAAAUCGAUAAGAACCAAUUUAGAGUGCUGAGACAAGCCAAUCCAUUGAGUUCCGAUGAAUCCACUGGUAGUUCAUCAUCUAGUAGUUCAAGUAGCUCAUCUAGUAGUUCCAGUUCCGAUGAAGAUAAUUGA